AUUUUUUCAAAGAAAUAUCUUAAAUUGUGAUCGCAUUUAUUUAUGAGUUAUUACUUAUUAAUUAUUAUCAACUAUGGUCAAUUUUAUAAUUAACCAUUACUUUAAGUAAAUAAUAUAAUUAUUAAUUUACUAGUAAAGAUUGUCAAUUACAAUAUCCGUCAAAACCAUGUUUAGACGAGCCUGUAAUUCUAUUAUAUCCGGAGGUGUUCGCGUUAUGCGGCUACAAAUAGAGAAUGUUCCAAGUAAAUCUACAGGAUCUAAUCUAUUUAGUUCUAUAAAUAAGAGCUUUACCAAUUUUGAAACAAAUAGGUUUUAUUCGUCCAUUUUAUCCUCCAAUUUUAAAUCAACAGAAGGAAUUUUGAACAAGAAUACAUCUAUUGCUCAUACUAAUUUAAUGGUUGAUUUCAAUCUUCAACAAAACAGGAACCUAACAAAAUUUUCACUACAAAAGGGGAAAAGGAAAACUGUAAGAACAGUUGUUGAUCGAUUUUAUCGUUUAGGAUGGGGUAUAUGGAUUCGAACAAAAUGUGGACGACAAAAGAAGAUGUGGAAAAAACCAGCCGCUAGAAAACGAAGACUGAGACAACAUGUGUUUUGUAACGCCAAACAGUCUACCCUUUUAGAUAAAAUGACAACAAAAUAUUGGAAGAAAAGGAGGUUUUAUCCAGAUGAUCCAUAUGAACCUUACCACGAUAGAGAAGAAUUUCUAUAUACUAGAAAAACUCCCAUAUCUUAGUGUAAAACAGUUGUAAUAAGUGUUGUAAGAAAUAUAGAAUGAACACUUCGUAAAUAUAUAAUAUUAAAAUUA